AUGGCCUCCAUACCUUCUGAAUCCUCUCCUUUACUCCGACAUGCACCACGGACGCCAGAGGGAGAACUGCGACCGGGCAGAACAGUAACCUUCGGCCCAAGCCCCAAAGCAAGUGCAUCGACGAACAUGUCGGCUCGGGCCCAACGAUUGAGACCAUUGCACUCUGCAACUCCAUCGAUACAAGGGGGUUCCGGCCAGCCAGUCCUCGCAGCAUUAAAUAGCAAACUUCGCCGGAGACACAGCCAGGGACCACCCCCGACUGUUGCACUGAGCCCAACCCCUAAGAUUGGUCCUCAGCGGACGACGAAAAACACGCAGAAAUUAAAGCUUUUACCGAAUCCAGUUACCGGAGAGGAGGACGAAUGGAUCGAUGACGCAGUCCCCAGAGAUGUAUAUUCCCAGAUCAAGCGAAUAAAGGAACCCACCGCAAGAAGGGAUGCAGCAAGAUUGGGCAAGGCAGAUCGCGAUCGUCUGCCGCGAGUUACAGCGUACUGCACGGCGAACGCCUACAGACUUGAUAGUGUGAUGAGGUUUUUCAAAUCGCGGGCCAGCACCAGAGGAGCGAAUCCAAAACUUUUUGACGAAUGCGUCUAUUCCCCUUAUAACUAUGAUCAUGAAGCGAAAAUAAAAUACCUCCAAGAGCAAUCUAGCAUGCAGGAAACAAUACAACAGUCACCACUUUUAUCCACAGACCGGACCCAACGCCGAUUUUCCGAUAGCGAACUCGAAGUCGAAGGCCACAGGGAAGAACAACGGGAACACCUCCUUAACAUGGAACACGCCGACACGAAUACCAAUGGCCGCACCCAACAAUCUCAAAUUUCCGAGGACCAGCACUCUGCCUCUCAAGUUAUCUCCUCCGAUUCCUUAGACCACGAGAUCCCGGACCUGGACACCACAAUUCACACUCCUGAAGUUUUUCUCUUCGAUUACGGCACGGUCGUGAUAUGGGGGAUGACCCCCUCCCAGGAAACCCGUUUUCUGAACGAAGUAUCGAAAUUUGCAGACUCCGUCCUCAGCGCCGAAGACACCCAGGUCGAGAACUUCAAUUUUUAUUAUACACGCGACUAUCAAGCCCGUAUAUAUAAUGAUUUCAUAUCUCUCCGUGACCCGCGGAGCUACAUGACCAAGCUCGCCAUUUCCCAUGCCCUUUCUCAAUCUGUUAAGACUUCUCUUUUUGAGGACCUUGUGUCCGAGACCAUCGCUGCAACAUCUCCGCUCCCCGCCCAGAUCGCGGAGACCGGUAGUGUCAACCUCACACGCCGACAGAUAAACAUGCAGAUCGGAGAGCUGUUCAUUUUGCGUAUAAAUAUCCACCUCCAGGGGUCGGUUCUCGACAGUCCGGAAUUGAUGUGGGCGGAACCGCAGCUGGAUCCGAUUUACCAGGCGGUCAGGAGUUAUUUGGAGAUGGAUCCACGGGUCGGGCUCUUGACUGAGAGGUUGGAGGUUAUCGCCGACUUGUUGGCUGUUUUGAAGGAUCAGUUGAGUCAUCGGCACGGCGAGUAUUUGGAGUGGAUUGUUAUUAUUUUAAUUGCAGCGGAGAUCCUCAUCGCUGCGAUAAAUAUUGUCGUGGAUCUCUAUGCUGGAAUUGACUAG